GGCUCGAGGAACGGAGGACGUUUCCGUGCGGUUCAGCGGGUUAUUUACUUCGGACGAGCCCGCUAAAGUAACAAUAGCAACAAUUUCGAGCACCUUAAAGAUUCCCGCGAGGCACCGAGACGUUCUGGGAACGGUAAAGUAAAGUUAAACGAUACCGGUUUGGAUUUCUGGAGAACAACGGAGUGAAUAAGUUGAGAUAAAGAAGAGAAGGGAAGAAAAAAGAAGAAGGGCUGUGGGGUAAAAACCACAAGUGAAAACAAAGCAGGACCAUAUGAAACUUCCGCCAGAAAAUGGCUGCGCCGGCUGUAGUUUCCACGGAUGGAGCAGACUCCAGUACUCCUGGAAAUCGAAAGAUGGCUUCUUCAGAGGGUCUGAGUACCAUGGGUUCAUCCCAGACAAACAAAAAGACCUUGGGUCACCGAGGGAUUGACCCAACUGGGGAGACCACAUAUAAAAAGACAACAUCAUCUGCUCUGAAAGGUGCCAUUCAGCUAGGAAUCACACACAGUGUGGGAAGCUUGAGCCAGAAGCCAGAAAGAGAUGUGCUCAUGCAAGACUUUGAAGUGGUAGAAAGCAUCUUCUUUCCCAGUCAAGGAAGUAGCUCAACACCAGGUCAUCACCAUGGUGACUUCAAGUUUAAAACGUACGCUCCCAUUGCAUUCCGAUACUUCAGAGAGAUGUUCGGGAUCCGACCUGAUGACUACCUGUACUCUCUUUGUAAUGAACCCCUUAUCGAGUUGUCUAACUCUGGAGCGAGCGGGUCUCUCUUCUACGUUUCUAGUGAUGAUGAGUUUAUUAUUAAGACGGUACAACACAAAGAAGCAGAAUUCUUGCAAACACUCCUUCCAGGUUACUUCAUGAACCUGAACCAGAAUAUGCGCACACUGCUUCCCAAGUUCUAUGGCCUCUACUGCGUUCAGGCUGAUGGGAAGAAUAUUCGAAUAGUGGUGAUGAACAACCUGCUGCCACGCGCUGUACCCAUGCACCUUAAAUUUGACCUAAAAGGCUCCACAUACAAGCGACGCGCUUCACCAAAAGAGAGGUCCAAGGGUGUGCCCACAUAUAAAGACCUAGACUUCAUGCAGGACAUGCCUGAGGGCAUAUUGCUGGAGAAUGACCACUACACUGCCCUCAGCAGGACCAUGCAGAGAGACUGUCGGGUACUACAAAGCUUCAAGAUCAUGGACUACAGUCUUCUGGUGGGUAUCCAUAUUUUGCACCGGGCAGGCGAAGAGACAUCUACGGCAGUGCCUGAUACCCAGAAAAAGGCACCAGGCCAGAAGCCCCUGUACUGUACUGCCAUUGAGUCUAUUCAAGGGGAGUCCAAGAGCAAGACUUCACCACAGCCCUACGAAAGCAUGGGAGGAAUUCCAGCAUUCAACUCAAAAGGAGAAAGAUUUCUGGUUUUCAUUGGCAUCAUUGAUAUACUUCAGUCCUAUAGGCUUGUAAAGAAGUUGGAGCACUCGUGGAAAGCUCUGCUGCAUGAUGGGGACACUGUGUCUGUGCACCGGCCCAGUUUCUAUGCAGAUCGUUUCCAGAAAUUUAUGUGCAGCACAGUCUUCAGAAAAUCGCAAUUGAAAACUUCUCCCUCAAAGAGAAGCCGCUUAGGACCCGUGUCUGCUGGGAAGAAGUCAAACAUUGCAGUAUCUGGACAAUCACAUCAACAAUCCCUUCCUGUAGCAGCAGAACAAACCCAGCCGCAGAUGUGGAGCAGUGAAGACCCUCAAGGAGACAGCGGUGUGCAAACCGCUCGUCCUGACCUGCUUCCUCAACAGGUUGCUGAAGAUGAUAUCACAAGCAGCUCGGCUGAUACCACCCUGUCAGCAACCUCUCUUGUUAACUCUCGACUCUCCACAAACACUCCAGUUCUCAGCCGCAGCAGUGUAGCUGGUCAUUCAUCAGAGGAAAGUUUGGACAUGGAAGUCAUUUCACUCAGCGAGAUUGUUCCUCAGACAAGCACGUCAGAAUGAAAGACUGUUGACGAACAGGUCAAAACAAAGCCCUCAAGGACCAAGAUUUUCUCUCUUUUAAGGACAUCAGAACAAGAAGAAAGUGGAAAAACAAGAUGGAGUUGUGUAAGCACCAGGGGAAGUGAAACUGAAAGAAUCUGGGAUACAAAAGAGAGAAGUGCACAUGUUCAUAAAACUGUAAAGAAGAAAGAUAUUCCUCCCCUUUUUAAUUCUUUUUUUGGAUGUCAACACAACGGCAUUCAAUAUUGCUGCUAAGAAAUGAACCCAAAAAAAGUCGUACCUCAACAGUGUGAGAUCACUGAUGUCAAACAGGGACAUAAUAUAACAGCAGUGCCAUAUAUACAAGAGCCUCCAGAACAGACGUAAAGUCAAGUGAACUUUGCAUCACAUGACCAGGCUCUUGGAGAAGAGUAACUUGUGAGUUUUAUUUGACCAUACUUUUAUUAGUCUGCUGCAGUCGUGUUCUUUAAUUCUCCAGAGAUAAAGAGAAAUAUUUUUGGUAUAUUUAAAAAAAAAAAAGGUUUUAUGUAGUAAAGCGUGGUUAUCGAGGGGGGAAAGUAGGAUGGUUUAAUCCAGACCAGGUUGCCUGAACAAUCACGUAUCAAGACACUUUUUCAAAGCUUUUAUUGUGUAAAAUAGGUUAGAUUUGGUUUUAGAAAUGGAGUUAAAUGCAGUACUGAGGUGUUGUGUUGGGUUUUUAAACGUGCCUUAACUACAUGAGUUAUUUUGCCUUAUUGCUUCUUUUAUUGCGCAUGAUGCCUGCAAGUGGAUUGUGCAGAUUUCUGGGUUCUCCUAAGUCACAGGUGAACCUGGGGGGCCGCAGCUCUGCAUAGUUUAGCUUUAACCCUAAUGUAACACAUAUGACUAAUUGAGUCCUUCAGGCUUGUUUGAAACCUCCAGAUAUGCUGCUGCGUCCCAAUUCGCAUACUUGCACUAUGCCCUAAAAGUAUGUACUUUUUUGUGAAGGAAAAAUACAUACUUUUGAGUGUGUAACAGAAGAGUUUGCAAGCUUUGGGACAUAAUACUUCCUCGUUAACAGAUCGUUGUGUUGCUUAGUUAUGAGCCCUGUCAAUCAUCCACAUUUCUUUCAUAUUUAAUUUCCUACCUUAUUUUAGCUGCAGAAUAAUCUACCAUUCACGAGUCUUUCAUGCAGGGAAAUCUCCUCAGGUCUUUGGAUAAUUAUGCAUUCAGAUGUCCAAACACGUCUUUAUGUAAGUUUAGUAUUGUUGUUGCAGAUAAAAUAACACCGGAAACGUGGUUUAAAUAUUUUCCAGUUGGCUAGAUAUUCAUUACCAGUAGGGUUGGGUCGAUAGACAUCAUGAUGCUGAGCCGGCAUCGCGAUCCUCCGCCCCACCCUUGCUGCAGCAGUAAUCCGCUUGCGAAAAGUACAUACGGCCCCGUUUACACUAAUAAAUCAUAGUUUUAAAAAUGCCAUUUUAGAAUGAAAGUGAUCCACAUCCACACUGGCGUUUUACCUAGCGUUUUUGAACAGAUCUCUGUCCUAAAGCACAUCACCUGACCACACAGACACUGAUACUGUCAUAGACUAGCAUAGUCAGCUCCAGCCAGUCACAAAACCCAGAGAGCAGUGCACGUUGGACAGUUUAUCAAGGAUGUACCGAUUAGGAUGUAUGAUAUUUAAAUAAUCUUGUCGCUAUCUAACAACUCUUCAGUCUUUUGAAUCUAUCAGCUAACGUGUUACAGCAUCAGUACACUGCUUCAAUCUUUCGCUCUCACGUGUGUACUUAGUCUUUUUAGUGAAAACCUCAGACACUGUUGGUUGUGCAACUUUUUUAGCAACCAAGUUUGUCGAUGCCAUUAUAACAACACAGAUCACUCUGCCUAUUCAUGCCAGAGUUCUGCAGAAAGUGAUCGACAGGUGGUAAUUUGUUUGUAAUUUAUCUUUAAUUAUUUAUUAUUUGGUAAUGGGUAAAACAAAGACCAUGCGGUUCAGGUAGGCUACAAAUAAUACAGUAGGCUACAAAUAAUUAAUUUAUGAAUGAAUAAAUCAUUCAUAAAUAAUUACUUCACCGGCCAUCACGAUGUUUCACGUUAGACGUCGUACGAUGGCAAAUUGGUUGACAUCGCCCAACCCUAAUUAACAGUCAUAAAAACAUCUUUACCGAAGCCUCCCUAUUUGACAGUUGGUCUCGCACCUCCAUUAUGUUUGUAGUUUAUUUACACUUUUCACUUACGUUUGUAGUUCUAAUUGAAUUCACAUCCAACGUGCAAUGUACUGUGGGCAAUAUCAGCAGUUAGAGUAUGGAUGCUUCUACACUUAAAAUUUUGACCAGAAAUGGUAAACAAUCCGGGAAUCUUUGGCGGACUCUUUUCAACAUACUACGAUUUGAGACAUAAUUCUAUUUUCAAAUACUGUUUUGGACCGAUAGUAUGUGAAUUGGGAUGCAGCAAGUGUGUUGAAGCAGGUAUUAAUUAACAGUUAUACAAACAUCUUUACCGAAGCAACCCUUUUUUGACAGUUGGUCUCGCAUUAUGUUUAUAUUUUACUUACACUUUUUGUUUGUAGUUCUAAUCGAAUUCACGCCCAAUGCACAAUGUACUGUGGGCAAUAUCAGCGGUUAGAGUAUGGCGGGUUCUACACUUUGAAUUUUUACUGCAAUUAGUAAACCAUCCGAGAAUCUUUGGCUCUUUUCAACAUUCUACAAUUUGGGGCAUACUAAUUCUAUUUUCAAAUACUAUUUAGGACGGAUUGUAUGCAAAUUUGGACGAAUAUGCAAGCGUGUUGAAGCAGGGUUGAAACUAAACUGUGCAGAGCUGCGGCACUCCAGGAACUGGAUUUUGACACUUUUGUCCUGAGUGGAAAGCAAAUCAUAUCUCUCUGACUUCACAAACUUCAUAAAACAAUUGACACUCCAAGAAAUUGUUUACUUUAGUAUUCCUUACAAAAACAAAUAAAGAAAAAGACCAACAUUUUUAGCAGCGGUAGAAAUAUACCAAAAGUAAAAGACCAAAUUCAGUAUUUUGGUUUUUGAGACCUUUUAUUAUUUAAAACAUUUUUGAAAAUGGUCGUUUUUGGGGCACAAUAAGACUUUCUACCUAGCAGACUAGCUACUGUAAACUAGCUACUGUAAUGUCUUUAGCAUCUUUUUAUGAGAUUAAGUUUACAUAGACUGUAGCAUAGGAACUUCUCUUAAGGCUCUGGGACUAAAACUAAAAGAUAAAUCCUUACCAAAACAUUUUCCAUCAUUAUUUUUGAAUAUGUGCAUGCUAAUCAGCCAGCUUGAAUGUUGAGACUUUGGUGAUGAAGAUGCAACGAUAUAUACGGUAGUUGAGUAAGGGAACAUUGCUGGAUCUUUUUCUGUGACCAUUUUAUAAACCUAAAAGAAACAUUCCUGUAAAGUCGUAUUUAUUUGUAUGUUUGCAUGUAAUUUAUUUCUUUAUCUCAACUUCCAAAGUGUCUGUAUUGCAGGUUUUAAUGCGAGACUGUGUAUAAAUUCUAACAGCUGGUGGCUUGUGUAAAUUAGCUUGGGUGACGGUGAAUGAGUUUUUAUUUUUGAACUGUACACAUGAUCGGGGAGUCCUGUGCAAUUGCUGUUUACUCUGAAAAUGCUGCCUUCAUCUCUGUUGUUUUAUCAAACUGAGAACUGUCUUAAGUACUCUUCACUCCUACAAGGAUAUAUUCAUGUAUUACUGCACUCUGUCAGAGGAUAUUAAGAGCUUUGGAGUGGAAAAUAUUGCAACAUUUCAUGCUGUAUGCAAAAGAAUGAAAUAAACAACACUGAAAGAAAA